AUGAAGUUCUGGGUUGGCUGGGCGCUAUGGGAGAAAAUGACCACGGUUCUGGCAUUUUCAAUCGCACUCGUUCUCUUGUACGCUUUCUGCGCCCUCGAAUUGCGAAAGUGGAAGACACGAAGAUUCGAAGCCGCAGAAGCACGCCAGAGAGAAGAGGAUAAUGAGCUUUAUCCGAUGCUGCAGCAGAUGGAUGACAUACCCUUUGGCAUCAGAGCUCUGGAAAGAGAAGUACGGGUCGAAGGCAUCUGGUUCUUUGAGCCCAACAAUAAUCCAUUCGAGAUCCCUGAUCUCCCGGGAGAGUCUACCGAGAGUCGGCCGUUAAGUCCAGCCAGCCGACCAGCAUACUUCCUUCCUUCAAGCUCGACAUCAGCAUCGUCCAAGACACUCGAAGCCGUACCCCCGAAUCGUUCGUCCCUCCCGUCAUACAAACCGACAAUCCACCUCAACGCGGAUAUCGUUACAGCAAGCCGCUACACAUAUGAGACUCAGAGGCCCGGCGCUGUUUACUCACCGGCGAUGCCAUCCAGCCCCCCAGAUUCGCCCGGUAGGUUCCAACGCCGUAGCGAUAUUUCGACUCACAGCGGAAAUCGUGCGAGCUUCCACAGCCGAGUCUAUCGAACGAGCCAUAUGUUCGAAAAAAGUCCUCUUGCCAGCCCUCACGGACAUCAGGAUCAGGAAAUAGAGAUGGACUCAAUGAGUGCUACUACAUCUGCACCCAAUCUGGGUGAGCAGCACCGAGCGUCUCGGAUUACCCGGUUGAUCCGCCGUCGGUCAUCCGAAGAGUUCAGACGCAGGAUGAGCCAGAUCUUCAACGAGAGAAUCCACAUGAAUGUUCCUACCGAUCAACUUCAAUUCAGCCCGCAGGCACCGGAAAAAAAGCGACGAUUUCGACAAUCGAUACUGGGAACUUUUCGGUCGGAGGGAUAA